GCGCACGCGCACUGGCUACCACGGCUGGGGUCAGCCUCCGCUGACGUCAGGACGCCCCGCUACUUCAAGCCUCCCAGCUCCGGAGUCCCUCGCGGGCCGGGGCGGGGCGUCUGGCCAGCUGAGCUAUUCCGGCUGACCGCGCCAGUUUGAAUGAAAGCUCCGCAAGAUGGCGGCGGCCGGAGGCGAGCCCGAGAGAGCCUGGUGUGUGCCUUGCCUAGUUUCCCUUGAUACUCUUCAGGAAUUAUGUAGAAAAGAAAAGCUCACAUGUAAAUCGAUUGGAAUCACCAAAAGGAAUCUAAACAAUUAUGAGGUGGAGUACUUGUGUGACUACAAGGUAGUAAAGGGUGUGGAAUAUUAUCUUGUAAAAUGGAAAGGAUGGCCAGAGUCUACAAAUACUUGGGAGCCCUUGAGAAACCUCAAGUGUCCACAGCUGCUGCAGCAGUUCUGCAGUGACAAGAGUAGUUACUUAUCUCGGUUAAAGAAAGGCAAGGCAGUCACUCCAAAAAACAGUAGCAAGCCCUUGCCACCUGCUGUCGCUGAGUACAUUGUAAAUAAAGCCAAGCAAAGAAUAGCUCUGCGGAGAUGGCAAGAUUACCUCAACAGAAGAAAGAACCACAAAGCGAUGAUACUUGUUGAAAAUACCGUUGACUUGGAGGGCCCGCCUUCAGACUUCUACUAUAUUAAUGAAUACAGGCCAGCUCCAGGAAUCAUCUUAAACAAUGAAGCUACCUUUGGAUGUUCAUGUACAGACUGCUUCUUUGAAAAGUGUUGUCCUGUUGAAGCCGGAGUUGUUUUGGCUUAUAAUAAAAACCAGCAAAUUAAAAUCAAACCUGGCACUCCCAUCUACGAGUGCAACUCAAGGUGCCUAUGUGGACCUGAUUGUCCCAAUAGGAUUGUACAAAAAGGCACACAAUAUUCACUGUGCAUCUUUAGAACUAGCAAUGGUUGUGGCUGGGGUGUAAAAACCCUUGUGAAGAUUAAAAAAAUGAGUUUUGUCAUGGAAUAUGUUGGAGAGGUAAUCACAAGUGAAGAGGCUGAAAAGCGUGGACGGUUAUAUGACAACCAAGGAAUCACAUAUCUUUUUGAUCUGGACUAUGAAUCUGAUGAAUUCACAGUGGAUGCAGCUCGAUAUGGAAAUGUGUCUCAUUUUGUGAAUCACAGUUGUGACCCCAAUCUUCAGGUGUUUAGCGUUUUUAUCGAUAACCUUGAUACUCGGCUUCCCAGGAUAGCACUGUUUUCCACGAGAACCAUAAAAGCUGGAGAAGAGCUGACUUUUGAUUAUCAAAUGAAAGGUUCUGGAGAAUUAUCUUCAGAUUCUAUUGACCACAGCCCUGCCAAGAAAAGGGUCAGAACUGAAUGUAAAUGUGGGGCUGAGACUUGCAGAGGUUACCUCAACUGAAACUUCAGGAAAUGGAGAUCAUGAAUGUGUUUUGUUUUGUUCUAAGAACUGAAAAAGUAUUUGGGAUGCCUUUCUAUUAUCAAGAUUAUGUAUAUUAAUGUACAACUUAUGUCAAGGUAUUUACAAAGUCCAUUACUGAUGCUUCUGAAAAGGACUAUAGGACCACAUAAAUAGAAUAUUUUGGUGGUUACAUACUAAAUAUGGAAAGUGAACUAUUUACAAAUCACCAUAUGCUUAGUUAAGAAAUCUGAAUAGACAAGUGUCCCCUUUAGUGUUUGAAAAGCAAUGAGAGAGUGGAUGUUAGGAAACCUUUUCCCGUGACUCAGAUAAUUCAGUUUAGGCAAAGGUACAAAUUUUAUUUUGUUUUACUGUAUUGUUCCUGCUUAAUACUCACUGAUCUUGUAUUUGAGACAAAGAAGCCACACUGAAAUUUUUUACUAUAUUUUUUACUUUUACAUUAAAAUGUCGGCAUCUUAAUGAUAUAUUUCAGAUAUAAAAGUAAAUAUGAAAGAUUUUCUUUCAGCUUGAUCUCAUUUUGAAGCAAUAGAUACCAUUUAUUAAUAGAUACCAUUACAAAGAUUGUAUGUCUGAACCUGAAAUUCUUAAAAGAUUUUUUAAUCCUGUUCAAGAGAAAUCUCUAAUCACCUUCUCUAGAAGUCCAUAGUGGCUGGCCAUUAUGCUUCUUUGAAAGGACAUAACAGUAUGACUAAGAGGACCCAUCAGAGUGCCAGGCAGAGUACAUGAGUACAAAGUGAGCCACAGCAUGAAUGAGGUCCACAGAGUACCUCAUCAAAACCCAAGAGCAAGAUCCUGGGGAGUACCUGUCCCCAAUGGCAG